GCGGCGGGGCGGCGGUGGCGGCUGGGCCGCGAGGCCCGCGCCAGCCUGGCCGCCUUCCUGCUGGGCGCCUCGGUGGCGGCGCUGCCGGCGCUGCUGGCGGCGCCGCCCGCGCUGCUGGCGGCGCCCGGGCUGCGCGGCCGCCUGGCGCUCGCGCUGCACGUGGCGGCCGUGAACGCGGCGCUGCUGCUGCUCUACCGGCCGCCGCUGUACAAGGUCGCCAUCCGCGCCUGCUUCCUGGGCUUCGCCUUCGGCUGCGGGCUGCUGCUGAGCGCCGGCCGCUCCGCCUGGCGGCACUUCGGCUGGUACAUGUGCUCCCUGUCCCUGUUCCACUACUCCGAGUACCUGGUGACAGCCAUCAACAACCCGCGCAGCCUCUCCCUGGACUCCUUCCUGCUCAACCACAGCUUCGAGUACAACCUGGCCGCCCUCUCCUCCUGGGUGGAGUUCACCCUGGAGAAGUUCAUUUGCCCCGAAAUGAAGCAGAUCACCUGGCUCAGUACUGUAGGGUUAUUGAUGGUGAUCUUUGGGGAUUGUCUGAGGAAAGCUGCCAUGCUCACAGCUGGCUCCAACUUCAACCAUAUUGUUCAGAAUGAGAAAUCGGAUACUCAUACUUUGGUGACAAGUGGGGUGUAUGGGUGGUUCCGGCACCCGUCUUACGUGGGAUGGUUUUACUGGAGUAUUGGAACACAGGUAUUACUCUGCAACCCCAUCUGUGUGGUUGGCUACACGUUAGCAUCCUGGCGCUUCUUCAGAGAACGAAUAGAGGAGGAGGAGAUCACGCUCAUUCACUUUUUUGGAGAGGAGUAUCUGGAGUACAAAAAGAAGGUGCCGUCAGGUCUCCCUUUUAUUAGAGGAGUUAAAGUGGAACUGUAACACAUGCACAGCUAGACUGACUGAGCAAACAUCUGCCUCUAAGCACUGUAGGGCGAGGAACUAUGCAUAGUACUGGCUCUGAUAGCAGCCUGUUUAUAUCUCCUGGCCAUCCACUAGAAGCUCAUUAAGGGCUAAAGAGCUGGACGGCCUUCUGGGUAACUAGAAGAUCAGCAGCUUGUUUAUCCUUGUUGAGAUAAGAGUGCUUUGUAUGCACAUUCAGGGAGCUUCUGGAUAACUUAGCCUCUAGCGAUCCUCAAACGAGUCACUCUGCCUACAACAACUGAGUUGUACUGAAACUUGCUCUGACUGAUUCUUUUGGAGAAUGAGCUUUGCACUUCUACCCUUGCACUGGAAAGGUGCUAGUCAGGAGAUUGUUUCUAUGGCAUAACUUAAUUUUAAAGCUUUUUGAGCUCACAAGCUAGACAGCACAGCUUUAAUCUCUUUAGAUCUGAUUCUGCAAGCCCUAGUCUCACGCCACUGAACUCAGUGGACCAGCUUUGUGCUUGGACAGCUUGCGGGAACAGACCUUUAUAUCUUUGAAUGCAUGGGUCUACAUACUCUUUUGGAUAUGUGCUUGCCAGAGAGCUGGCAACGUGACACACGUUGUUUUCCCCCGGUCGCUGUGUUAUUAGGGAGCCUUUUCAAUACUCGUGAUGCUUCUGAACUGCAAGCAUCUCUAUUAAACAGAGCAAAAGUGUACACGAAGUCUUGUAUCCCCCAGCUGGGAUCAGGAACUCAAGGGUCAGUUGCAGGUGCCAGUUCCCCAAGUCUCCUUGCCAAGUCUGUUCCGGCAGCACAGCUGGCGUUCUUAUCGGACUUGCUUCCAAAUCACGCUGCUUCCUAUCCUGCUGGAUAUCUUUACUAGUCAAAUCUCUGUCUUGCAGAGAUCCCCAAAUUUUUGGUUUGGCUUUUGUUUUCCAGAUCUUGGAAAGUCAGGAAAAGACCCGUAGCUGUCAAGCUUGCAAAGAGCACUUAAGAUCCUUGCCCAGUUUUGGAUUAAACCUGGGAUUUUUCAUGUGAAUAGGAUGUGCUGCUAGGGAAGUUCUCUAAAGAAGAAAAGCUUGGUUUGCUAAGUCUAUUUUAAAAGUUACCAUUUUGGAAAUGGUUCCUAUUCAAGUUCUGCGGUAUAACUUUUUCUGUUACUAUAUACCAAAGAGGUUCACCGUUUUCUUGGGUUUUACGUAAUUCUUCCUUGCUGGAACGGAAGUUCUGCUGCUUGUCAUAUGCGUUUUGGGCUCACAGUAUUCCUUAAUAAAGGUGCUGUUGUACAGCUCAGGAAUGAGGGCACUGAUGAAAAUCGGGGGUAUUUUUUUGUUUUGUUUUGUUUUGUUUUAAUGAAGAAAGGAAAGAAAAAAUUGCCAACUUAUGUCUGGUUGUUACUGGAGGUCUCCCGAGGUAGUGGCAACAGCACUGCGAUUAGAAUCCUUAGUCUUAUAAUUCCCAAUGGGUUUUCAGUACUCUUCAGUAUUGAACUGAAGCAUGACCCUGACUUUCAGUAACCUGUGGGACUGCAUAGGCAGAGAAAUAGGAGCAAACUCUUAAUUCCCUACUUGCUUAUCCUGUCUGAAAUCCUUUCUUCUCCAGGUUAUGCGUUGUAUUACAGAGUACUUUCUGCAUUGAAUACCCGCUUACGACAUUCACUGUUAACUGUCUUCUACUGAAUAUGUUUUUAGCUUGGAAGAAAAGAAUAUGAAAAUAUAACAACCGGAUAGCGUUGAUUUCUUUGCAUAGUUAUUUGUAAGCUCAUGUUCAGACUUUUCUUUGCAAUAGAGGUGCCUCCGAUAAACUUCUCCAAGGAAACUGUAAUUUUCACUCUUAUAGCCAACAUACCUCAGAUGUCUCAGACAAGUUAGUUUUUAACUCGGUUAAAAAUAUUUUUUGUACGUCUUAAAAUGUACCUCCUGUGAACUUGCCUAACUGCUCUUUGAAACAAAACUGAUUAUCACUUGGAUUUGACAUAAGUUAACAGCAGAAGUUAUUUUUUAGUCUCAAGUUGUUCUUUGUAGUAAACUCAAGUGUGACACAAGCUGCACAGGUUAUCUCCCAAGAAGUGGAAAAUGUGUUAGGGAGUUAGCUCACUACACGAAGAAACUAGUUCUGUCCUGUCAUUUAAGUGAGACGCCAUGUGUAAAUCCAAAUGUAUGAAUAUCUGAUUGCAACUAGAAAUGUUGAUGCUACGUUAGUCUUAUUUUAAAAGCUUUACGCUAAUGUCACGUUGCCCGUGGUGCUGCUGGAGAUGUCUCAUCAGGAAGACUCAUCUCCGCUCCCCACAGUCAGUUGCGUGCGCGUGCCCUUUGCACACGGCUGCCGGCAGAAAGCUGGUGAGGUUCUCGGUGGGCUCAACACCGCUCCCGCAGCGGGGCUGUCGCUCUCUGUCCCCUCCGUCCCUUGUUCCGUUCCUGCCGAGAGGCAGGUCGGGUGGUGUAAAGCAGGGUGACUGGCCUCUGAACUCUAGCUCCUGUUAGAUGUUCAGCGCUUACCUACUCAAGUCUUUCUCUUAAUUUGAAAGAGUAUUUAAGAAACUGUGUACUUCUGCCAUGGUCAUACAGGUCAAAGAUCCUGUAACUUGUGCUUUGGAAGACGCGUCGUGUCACGUGCUACGGAUAGCUGUCUACACGUAGGUAUUUUGAAUAUCGUGAAUGUUUUUUAGGUAACGAUUGCUGUUUCUAAAGCAUGAAGUUGAGUGCCAGUGGUUCUCUUUUGGCUUUCGGUAGGUAACUGGUGCCAGCAUUGAGAUAGGAUGCUCCCAGUUAUGAUGGGAAGGGCUUUCAGGCCACGUUGUGGUGGGCGCUGAAUCGUGCCUGCUAAACCUCCGGUCCUGUGGCAUACAUCUGCUAGUCGUCGGGGUGCUUGCUGUCCUGGUGGGAACGCUUUCUCAAAGGCGUGCUUUCUUUUUUUUUUUUUUUUCUCCUUUUCCUUCCUCUUUGCCAUAAAACCAAGCCUGGCACUGACGAGGAGAGCGGCAGCUGUAGCACGCUGGCCAGAGCGGUGCUGGCAGAAGCGCAGCUCUGCUCCGGCACGUUGGCAACGCCCCAAGGCGGCUCUUUGUGUUAACGCUGGCUUCUACCCAGCUUAGACUUUGCACGGCAGCAGCCUUGUCCGAGCCAGAUGCGUUGAAACAAAAAAAAAAAUGGGAAAACUUCCUCAUCUACAGCAAAAGCAUCAGGGCUCACUUGGUGCUUUUUGAAUCUUUGCCCUGAUUCAGGCUGGCUAGCAGUUACAUUCCGCAAACAGUACAGUUCUGUUCCUCAGCAGUUCAUAAUUGUUUUAAGUAGCCUAAACAUUAAAAGGAAUAGAGAACCUCUUUCUGUUACUGUGCUUAAGGUUUUGAUUCUGCUCCCCGUUAGCAAUUCGGAGGACAUCCUGCGACCCUGAUGUGAAGUCCUGGCUUUAGCACAAGCAUAAUUCCCCUUGCCCCGUGUUUGUGAACUUAGCGUGAUUUUUCAGAGCAGCUGGAACACCCAGAACUGACAGGCCUAUUUUCUCUUGUCCUGAGUCGCAGAACGAAGAGAGGGACUAAAUCAUGCCAUUUUAUCUCACUGUUAACACACGACAUGGGGGUAUUCAGUAAAUGAUUUUUUUCAGAGAAAGUAAUUCCUAAACCAGGGGUCUGGUACAUGUCACACUUCAGAACGUCACCUGUAUUCUGAUUCUCUGGGUCUUAUCUUUGCUCAUGGCACAAAACAAGAGUUCUUGGACAAUCGGGAUAUAGCUUUUAUUUGCAAAUGAGUAGUUGCCCACCUGCUGCGCUACCACACUGUUGUGAGCAGCUUCUAAUCUAGCCCCUUGUCACCUGUGGUAAAUCAGCUUUAGAUUUGCAGUCUGAUAGGGGAGUCACUUCUCGCUUUUAGAGCAAGCGCUCAGGCAUCCCUAUUGGCGCAGGAGGCUGCGAGCUCAACAUCUGAGAUAGGAAAUUUUGCGUUGAAAAAGAUGAAUGACUCCGCAUCUGUUUGGAAUCGGGUGUGAGAACAGCCUGCUUGAGACCAAGUACAUAUUAGUACUUCUUUUUACGUGAAGGAAUGCUUAGUAUGUCUAAGCUUUUCUUUUGCGGAUGUUGAGCAAACUUUUCAUUUCUUAAAUAAAGGUAUCCUUGAUCAGAA